CACGAGCAACAUCAUUCGUGUUGCCGCCCAGGCUUCCACCCUUUCUUCCGCGUGCCGCCGUUUGUGUCGCGCGUCCAUCCAUCACCACUCCGCCCGUCGCUCGUCCGUGAUCCGCGCUUCAAACCCCUUUCAGCCCCGUCGCUCGACUCCUUCUCUCCGCGUUCCCCCUCCCCUCACCUCCCCCUCGUUACCGCGGUACCAUGGAAACCGCCGCGUUUUCCGCCUCCUACGCGCGGAUCGCGAGCUUUUCCUCCCCGCUUGCCCCUUCCAUGUGUCCCCCAGCCGCGCUUCCCCCCUCUCCGCGUGCCCCCUCCUUCCGCUUGCGCCCAAUCUCCGCGAGCGCGAAUAUCACCAGCGCCACCGGCGUAGCCACGUCCGCAUGCGCUGCCACGUCAGCACGCAGUCAGCAACACAUGAAUGGCAGCCGGAGAUUAACGCCUGCUGACGUCACCGAGGCAGCCGCGCUGGAUGACGGCGCGACGGGCCACGUGUCAGACGCUGAUAGGCGGCAGCAGACAGUGGCGGCAAUCGCGGCGUCGGGGAUCGUGGCAUGCGUGCGCGCUGACAGUGCUGACGUGGCACUCUCCGCUGCUCGUGCGGCGCUCGCUGCUGGGAUUGAAGUGCUGGAGGUCACAUGCACAACUCCUGGCGUAUUUGAGGUCAUUGCAUCACUAGUCAAGGAGUUCCCAAAGGCCACCAUAGGGGCGGGCACGGUGCUGACCCCCCAUGACGCCAUGGCGGCUCAACGCGCCGGAGCUCGCUUCCUCAUGAGCCCCGCCACGGACCCGGAACUAGUGGCAUCGCAUGCCAAAGGGCCAACGGUCUUCAUACCUGGUGCCAUGACGCCCACUGAGAUCCUCUCAGCCACUCGACUUGGGGCUCCUCUUGUCAAGCUCUUCCCAGCGCCCUAUGCAGGUGGCGAGGCUCUAGUGAGGGCCAUGCACCGAGCAGCACCGUCCAUAGGGAUCGUGCCGGCACACGGCAUUCAGUUGGGCUUGAUAGAGGGGUAUUUGAAGGCGGGGGCCACCGCGGUCGUGUUGUCAGAAGCCAUAUUCGAAAAGGAGGCGAUUAAGCGGCAAGAUUAUGAAAGAAUAGCACAAAGGGCUGCUGAAGCUGUUGCUGUUCGUCGUAAUGUUUUAUUGAGCCAAACUCACUAAUGUUGCAUUUUUUGUAUUUCAACGGUAAUAUAGGUGUGCUUAGCUGGUCAGAUCUUGAAGGUCUAGUCUUUACUAGCGGGUACGCCUGUUAACGGAGAGAUCCCAGAUCCCUGGAUCCAGGAAGUUGCAGUACACGU